GUGUCUCCCCUCUCCUCUCCUCUCAUCUCAUCUCAUCUCCAAGGCUGGUCUUUAUUGGGGUUGCUGCUAGCUAGCUGCAGCUUCCUACCUCCAUCCAUCCAUUCAUCUUCUUCUUGCAUUAAACUGCAGCUGCUGGGAGAAGAGAGGAGAGGAGAGGUGGUUGGCCUCACCUGUUCUUGGACUCUUAAUUGCAUGCAGCUGCUGCUGCUGUGAUCUCUUCUCCUUUUCUUCCCUGUCAUCUGUGAGCUUUUGCUUCCAAUCAACACUCCUUUUUGUGGUGAGACGAGGAGCUGAGCUUCAGCUGCUGCUGUACGAGCGCAAAAGCUCAGCUCAAGAACAGAUAGAGGCAUCAGCAGCAGCAAGAUCGAGAGGAUAACAAGAGAUCUCGUGAUAGUACUUACGUUUCGUUGCUCGAUCUUUUUUUCGCCAUGGAUUGGGACGCCAAGAUGCCUUCCUGGGACCUCGGCACGGUGGUCGGCCCGAGCGGUGGCGGUGGCGGUGGCGGAGGAGGAGGCGGCGCGCUUGACCUCAAGCUCGGCGCGCCGACGAGCUGGAAGACGACGACGACGGUGUCUGCUGCGUCGGCUGCUCCGGCGGCGGUGGCGCCACCGCCGCCGCCGCCGGCGUCGUCGUCGUCUUCCGCGGCGGCGGCGGGGAAGCGGGCGCGGGCGGGGCAGGGGCAGCAGGCGGCGGUGCCGGCGUGCUCGGUGGAGGGGUGCGCCGCCGACCUGUCCAAGUGCGUCCGCGACUACCACCGGCGGCACAAGGUGUGCGAGGCGCACUCCAAGACGGCCGUCGUCACCGUCGCCGGCCAGCAGCAGCGCUUCUGCCAACAGUGCAGCAGGUUUCAUUUGCUCGGGGAGUUCGAUGAGGAGAAGAGGAGCUGCAGGAAGCGGCUCGACGGGCACAACAAGCGGCGUCGGAAGCCGCAGCCUGAUCCUCUCAACCCCGGCAACCUUUUCGCCAAUCACCACGGAGCGGCAAGAUUCACCUCGUACCCGCAGAUCUUCUCGACGGCGGCGUCCAUGUCGCCGCAGGAGACGAAGUGGCCGGCGAACGUGGUCAAGACGGAGGCCGCCGACGUGUUCCAAGAGCCGUACUACCACGCCCUCCACCUCAACGGCGCCGGCGCCGCCGCGGCCGCCUCCAUCUUCCACCACGGCGGCAACAAGGCGAGGAAGCACCACUUCCCUUUCCUGACGGCCGACCACGGCGGCGGCGCCGCCGCGGCGUCGCCGUUGUUCGGGUGCCAGCCGUUCACCAUCACGCCUUCCUCGGAGAGCAGGAGCAGCAGCAGCAGCCGGCACAGCAACGGCAAGAUGUUCGCCCACGACGGGGGUCUGGACAACUGUGCUCUCUCUCUUCUGUCAGACAACCCCACACCCACGGCGCAGAUCACCAUCCCACAGCCUCUCUUCGCCGGCGGCGGGCAGUACGGCGGCGGCGGCGGCGGCGACGUGUCGCUCACCGGCCUGUCCUACGUCAGAAUGGCCGGCAAGGACACGUCCAUCUUGGCAAAAUCUGCCACUACCACUGCUACUACUGCUACUACUCCUACUACCACAAGUGCACAGCUGCAAUACCAUGGCUACUACCACCACCAUGUCAGCGCCGAUCAGGGUAGCUCCGAUGCUGCAAUCCAGGCUCUUCCUUUCUCAUCGUGGUAGUGGAGAUUCCGGGUUCCGAUUUCGAUCUCAGCGAGGCCCUGUUCUUGAGCUGAAUUCCUGAUAGAUCAGAUGCUAGGGAGAUGGUAAUGUUGUUCAACAAAAUAUGUCAGUGAUAAUAGUUGUAUUAUCUUGGUGAUACUGAAAAAUAUUCACCACGAUAUGCACAUUUUCCAACUUUGCCUGGUAUUUCCAGUUUAUGGGAAAUACCCCCAAGCCAGCUUAUGAUUCACAAUUGCAUUAUUAGAACUAGUGCUAUUAUUUUUGGAGGGUUAUUGACUUGUACUGUAGUGGUACAGCUUUUGUUGUGUGUACAUUUGGCUAUCCACUUGAUUGGUGUAGGGGCUAGUUCAGCAGGAACUAGACAUAAGUUAACUGUACUUGAAUAGUCAAAUUAGCCUCAAAAGCUGGAGGAUUACUGAUUAUUUCUAA